AUGGAGCCCGAGGAGCCGGGGGAACCGGCGUGGGGGCGGCGAGAUGGGGGGGAGCUGGGCGGGCGGGGGCUGCUGGAGCUGGCGGUGGCCAGCGGGGUAGUCGCCUGGGCCACCUGGGCCGUCCUGUUGAUGCCCGGCUUCCGCCGGGUCCCCCUGCGGCUCCAGGUACCCUACCAGCCCUCCGGCCCCCAGCAAGUGGCGAACGCCCUGGAGCUGCUGCGGGGGCGCACGGGGAAGACGGUGGAUCUGGGAUCGGGAGAUGGACGGCUUGUGGUAGAGGCUUAUAAGCAAGGUCUCAGACCAGCUGUUGGCUAUGAACUCAAUCCCUGGCUGCUGUGUCUCUCCAACUACCGGGCCUGGAAGGCUGGGUACCACGGGAAGGUUUCCUUCCUGAAGAAAGAUCUGUGGAAGGUGAAUCUUUCUGAUUGCUACAAUGUGAUCGUGUUCCUGGCCCCCAGCGUGAAACCUCCCCUAGCCACCAAGCUCCUUGCAGAACUCCCCGACGAAGCCCGGGUGGUGGCUGGACGCUUCCCCUUCCCCUCCUGGACCCCCGCCAGCACCCUUGGGCAGGGGCUGGAGCAAGUCUGGGCCUAUGACAUGAAGGAGGUGCGGCGAGCAGCGCAGAGCCUCGCAGAGGGAAGCCCAGUCUAACAGCAGCCUCAUUAAGCCUGGCAUUAAGGGUCAGCAGCGGUAGGGGUCAGAGCCUCUCCAGCCCUUGGGCUCAGCUCAGGACAGCAGCGAGAGGGCUGCUUGGCCAGGCUUCUUCCCAGGGACUUGCAGGGUGGCAGUCCCUCUGUUUUCCAAAGAGUGGGCAGUCUGGGGGAAGCAAGGGAGGGGAAAAUCAGACCUAGAAAUCCUGGAAUUACCACAGGAUUUAAGGGCUAAACCUCCAGUGCCUCUUUCUGUACGUUUGCUACUUUAUUUCUAGUUAAUUUUUCAAAAUAAACAUUUGGUCCAUUCUUCCCUUGA